AUGGGAUCUUUUAUACCAAUUGGAAUAGAUCUGGGAGCUCUUUCUUCUAGAACCGCAUGUUUAAAAAGGAAAAUUGAGAUUAUUUCAGGCAACAUUAAAGACAAGUCCACCCCCAUUGUUGUAUAUUUUGCAGAUGAUUAUCUUAAAAUUGGAGAUAGAAAUGAGGAGGAAUACUUUAAAACUAAAAAUUUUAUUUUCGGUUUCCAGAAAUUAAUUGGUUUAAAUUAUAAUGACUUUGGUGUUCAAAAACUAAUCACCACUCUUGGGAAUAAUUAUUACAAAAUAGUCAAUUUAAAGGGUAAGCCAGGUAUCAGCAUAUUAAUUGAUGGUGAAGAAAAGAUUUUUGAACCAGAAGUUAUCGUUUCUCUUUUUUUAUACAAACUAAAACAAGAUGCAAUGCAUUGUUCUAAUGCAGCAGUUCUUACGGUUCCUUCUUACUUUAAUACAUGUCAACGCCAAAGUUUUAAUAAGGCUGCUAAAUUUGCAGGAUUAAAAGUUUUACAAAUUUUAAACAAAUCAACAGCUUGUGCAAUUGCUUAUGCAUAUGAAUCAAUUGAUAGUGAUGAAGGGAAAAAAAACAUUUUAAUUUACAACUUAGAUACUGAUUAUUUUGAUGUUGCUAUUGUUUCAGUAGAAGGGAAUGAAUUCACAGUUUUGGCUCGAGAGGGAGAUGAAAAUUUAACAGGUGAAAAUAUUGAUGAUCGAUUAUUUAAUUUCAUUAUUGAGCAAUUUCAAAGUCUUUAUUUAGAAAAUGUUUUGGAGGGGGAUCCAACAGAAAUCAAAAAGUUAAGCAAACAAGUGAAACAUAUCAGAGUUUCAUUAUUAAAAAAUAAAAGCACUAAAGUUUCAUUCAAUAAUUAUAAAGUGGAAAUAACCAUUGACCAAUACAACGAAAUAUGUAGCAAUAUUUUUCAAUCUACAAUUAAUAUUGUGGACAAAGUAUUGGAUGAUACCCGAAUUCAAAAGCUAGAUAUUGAUAAUAUUGUUUUGAUAGGUGAGUAUGGCCGUACUCCUGGAAUUAAGAAACUUCUCUCUGAGGUUUUCCCUAAUCAAAGUUUAUGUAUGGAUAUCAAUUCUGAAGAAGCAGCAGUUACAGGUGCUGCAAUUUUAGCAAGUGUUUUAACCAAUUCACCUUAUGCCAAUGAAUUCAAAGGUUUUAAAUUAAAUGAACUUCCACCUACAGCUCCUCAAGUUGCUACUCAAGUCAAUAAUAAUACGUCACAAUUCUAA